CGAAAACGAAAGAAAAAAAAAUCUUUACAACUUCACACUUAAGUCGCUCCAUUUUCGUCUUUAGGUCUAACUCAAUCCAGCGACCAUGUUCUAUGUCGGAAAAUACAUAGGGAUAUACUGAAAAAAACAGUAAAAAGUCGGAAAUCCUAUCUUUACACUGUUGUUUGCUGGAUUCCCACCGUGCUCCGACAAUGAAGGCCAAAGAUUCAGUUUCAGCGGCGACCCCUCAGCUCAUUUCCUUUGAUCAGAACAGAGAUGCUUACGGGUUUGCAGUAAGGCCUCAGCAUGUGGAGAGAUAUCGUGAAUAUGCUAAUAUCUACAAGGAAGAGGAGGUGGAGAGGUCUGAUAGGUGGAAAGACUUUCUGGAACGGCAAGCAGAAUCCACUCAAUUUCCCAUAAAUGGAUCAUCUGCAGUUAACAAUUUCAACCGGGAACUGGAUUCCAGUUCUCAGAAUGGAGCUGAAGUAUGUGAUGGUCUUGCUGAAAAUGAUACAGAGAUUAAAGAGUUGCCAACAUCAGCCAAUGAUAAAAUUCAUCAAGUCCAGAUAUGGUCUGAUAUAAGGCCAUCACUUCGAGCCAUCGAAGAUAUGAUGAGCACGCGUGUCAAAAACAGGGUUGGUGCAGUGAAAAGAGAGCAAGAUUCUAGUACUCCUACUGAAGAAGCUAAACGCACAAAAGGAGAGGACUCAGAGGAUGAGUAUUAUGAUUUGGAGAGAUCAGAUUCCUUACACGAUGUGCCUUUGAAUGAGAGUCCUGCCCAGGAUGUUUCAUCUCCAAAGUCUUUACCUCCUUGGAAAGAAGAAUUGGAGUGUCUUGUUCAAGGCGGGGUGCCAAUGGCUCUCAGAGGAGAGCUUUGGCAAGCUUUCGUUGGUGUCAGAGCACGUCGAGUGGAAAAUUAUUAUCAAGAUUUGCUUUCAAGAGAAACUAAAUCUGGCAAUAAUUCUGAUCAUAGAAGCAUGGAAUUAGAGGAGACAGACAGUACAAAGGAGUUAAGUGCAGAUGAAUGUGCAGUCGAGAAGUGGAAAGCACAGAUUGAUAAGGAUUUGCCCCGAACAUUUCCUGGCCAUCCUGCUCUCGACAAGAAUGGAAGAAAUGCCUUGAGGCGUUUACUGAUUGCAUAUGCUCGGCACAACCCUUCUGUUGGCUACUGUCAGGCCAUGAACUUCUUUGCUGGUCUACUUUUGCUCCUAAUGCCCGAGGAAAAUGCAUUUUGGACUUUGAUUGGCAUUCUAGAUGACUGUUUUGAUGGCUAUUACUCAGAAGAGAUGAUAGAGUCUCAGGUUGACCAACGUGUUCUUGAGGAAUUGGUGCGUGAGAAAUUUCCAAAGUUAGUUAAUCAUCUAGAUUACCUGGGAGUGCAAGUACAAUGGAUCACUGGACCAUGGUUCCUCUCCGUAUUUAUGAACGUACUUCCUUGGGAAAGUGUUCUUAGAGUAUGGGAUGUGCUUUUGUUUGAAGGGAAUCGAGUAAUGCUAUUUCGAACUGCACUGGCUUUAAUGGAUUUAUAUGGACCUGCCUUGGUGACGACAAAGGAUGCAGGAGAUGCAGUAACUCUGCUACAGUCUCUUGCUGGCUCCACUUUUGAUAGCAGUCAACUUGUUUUGACGGCCUGCAUGGGCUAUCAAAAUGUCAAGGAAGCCAGAUUGCAAGAACUAAGAAAUAAAUAUCGGUCAACCGUUAAGGCUGCAUUGGAAGAGAGAUCUAAAUGCAUAAAAGGCUGGAGGGAUUCUCAGGAUCUAGUACCAGCUAAUGUGGAUGAAGCAUACGUGAGCAUGAAUGGGAACACAAAAAAUUCUGGAACUGAUCUUGAAGAGCAGGUAAAGUGGCUAAAGGUUGAGUUAAGCAAGUUGCUCGAGGAAAAAAAAUCUGCUGAACUCAGAGGUGAGGAAUUGGAAACAGCAUUAAUGGAGAUGGUAAAGCAGGAUAACCGGCGACAAUUGAGUGCAAGGGCCGAGCAAUUAGAGCAUGAUGUUGCAGAGCUCAAGCAGGCUCUUGCUCAUAAGCAAGAAGAAGAGAAUGCCAUGCUUCAGGUAUUGAUGAGGGUAGAACAAGAACAGAAGGAGACAGAAGAUGCUCGGAGAUUUGCUGAACAAGAUGCAGCUGCUCAAAGAUACGCUGUUCAAGUGCUUCAGGAUAAGUAUGAAGAAGCCAUGGCUUCACUAGCUGAGAUGGAAAAACGAGCGGUCAUGGCAGAAUCAAUAUUAGAGGCGACUUUGCAGUACCAAACUGGACAAAGCAGAGCACAAUCCUCCCCACAACCCUCCCCACGAACCCCAAAGCUCGGUUCUCCUGAUGCACAAACUAAUCAAGACACCUCGCAAGAAUUUCAGCCUAGAAGAGUGAGUUUGCUAUCUAGACCAUUUGGACUCGGAUGGCGUGACAGGAACAAGGGAAGUCUUGGUUCUGCAGAUGUGAAAAGUGAUGAUAAACAAGAAAGGCAGGACCAGAGCCCAAGAACUGAGGAAGAGGAGAUUGCACAGGCAAGUUCUGUACAAGAGAAGGUGUAAAAGGUGGACAUUAUGAUACCAGAAUGUUUUGUUUUGUUUUUUUUUUUUUUUUUCAGAGGCAUUUGAUAAAAACUGAGAUUCACCUUAACCAUUGAUUAAGCAGAUGAAUCUUGUUUUUUUUUUUUUUUCCUGUGUGUCAUUCCCCCUCACUGCCAUUUCAUCUGGGGAUUUAGAGAAGAUAUAUAGGCCAACAGAGGGGAAAUGAAGUGUUAGUUUUUGGUUCCCAUUUGUAUAAGCACUGCUUCAAUUAUUGAGUUCUCUCUUUUAGAAGUGUAUUAUUCUUUUCUUGUAAGAUGUGACAAAUAAACAAUGGAUACAUAAUAUAUUUUUUAUUUUUAAAAAAA